GCGUGAUUACAUUAUCUCACUUUGCUGCAGGCGUUUGUUGUACCCGGACCCGGAUCGGCUGCGCAGUAGUUAGUGCGGGAGGGAGGUCUGCCAGACUCUGGUGGCCGACAUUUUGUUCACAACGUGAUUUGAGAAGCUGACACCACCAUGUGUAAGACUAACGGCCAUGCUACUAGUAUGUUCGGGCUGGGGGUGACCCUGGUGGUCCUCGGCGCCCUCAGCACCGUCCUGGGGAUCGCCGCCGCCGCAGCCUUCCCUCUGGACUACUACAGCCGCAUCAGCGGACCCAUAUGGGCUGGCGUGUUUGUUGUCAUCACGGGAGUCAUGGGCAUCAUGGCCGGGAGGAACUUCGACCGGGAAGGCGCUCCUAGUGGAUAUACCCCAGCCUUCCUGACCCUGAGCAUCAUCGGGAUCCUCGUGGCGCUGUCCCAAGUCAGCGUGUCCAGCGCUGCCGUCGGCAUCUUUGGAACCUGCUUCAUCACGGAUCUGGAGAACAUCCUCAACAACAACAACGACGGCGACGACUUCAAGUUCAACCCUUUCGUCACCAAGAGCUACAACACCUGGGAUGACGGUGACAUCAUGCCUUACCACAUCAGCGACGAUCAGGCCAGUGCUAGCAGUGGGUUUUCUGGACGCAGGAUGUAUACUUCGUACUGCUCUGCCGCGAUCGCCCUGCACUACACCUGCCUGGCGCUAGGGGUGCUGGAGAUAAUCCUGUGCUUCGUCUCCUCCAUCGUCGGCUGCGUGGUGGGCUGUACCUGCUGCAACCAGCAGCCGGGCCCGAGCGUGGUGAUCAUGCAGCCGUCUAACCUGCCGUACGCGCAGAUGCCCCCUACCGUCAACAACCCAGCUAUGCCGGGCGCCUAUCCGCAAGCCGGCUACAUCCAGCAGCUGAGCGGCCAUCCCCAGGCCGGCUACGGGCCUCCCCCCGCCUACAUCCCGCCGCCUGCUCAGCAGAGCCCGGCGUACCCAGCCGGUCCCACCGAUACCGACCAGGCUGUCCACGUGAAGGCUCAGCCUGUCUAAAGUGCCUGGUGAACCAUCCUGGUUAGGGCUGGGUACCGGUUCACUGUACCGGUACAAAACCGGUUUUUCUUAUUGGACCGGUCCAGAA